GCUUCCUCGGAGCAAUUAUACGCUACAAGCUCGGGGGUUUUGCUGGGUUUUUGUAACCGGCAUCCCAUCGCCUGUUCGCGCCUCGGCCUAUAAGUAUUAGGCUGCUUGCCAAUGACUCGGGAUCACGGAAUACUUCUGCAGGAGAGCGCGCUGAAAAAGAUAUGGCAUUUGUUUAUCUUCCCGACUUGAGGGGCGAUGAGGAAGACUGGGUUAUCCGCGUGCGCGUUUGCAGGAUGUGGGAGUCUAUCAGUACGAAGGAUGGCAGUUUGCUAAGCAUGGAUAUGAUACUGGCCGAUGAGAAGGAGAACCUUAUGCAUGCUGCUCUGCGGAAGCAUUUGGUGCCUCGGUUCAAGCACCGGUUGACUGAGGGCCACGUCUAUGAGCUCAGGAAUGUUAAGGUUUCAACAAACACCUACCCAUACCGACCUCUUGCAAGCAGUUCGAGGCUGCUUUUCCUGGCAACUACUGAGGUUAGGCCGCUGGGUGAGGAAGGUGCAGCUAUUCCAAGGUAUGGCUUCCAGUUUGUGGAUCACGCCACACUUCGGGGCCGUGCCGAUGACGUGACUACUCUCUCAGACAUUGUGGGUUGCUACUGUGGUUUUGGUGAGGUUGAGGUUGUUGGGGCAGGCUACCGCAAAUGGGAUAUUAGAAUUUUCACUGAUUACUCUGUCACCAGCACAGUUACUCUGUGGGGAAAGCUGGGUGAGCUGUUCGAUCCUGCGCUGUAUGCAGGGGAUGGUGGCCCCUAUGUCAUUGUUGUCUCUUCUGUUACGGUCAAGACCUUCCAAGGUGCGCUGAAUUUCGCAACAACUAGCGGCAGCAGAAUCUAUGUUAACCCGGACAUUGAUCACAUCUCCUCUAUAAAGGAGAGGUUUUCAGCCCUGUCCCCUAGAGUGGUGGCGAUUGAGGGUCCCUCGGUUGCAAAGCUACCCCCCGAGGAGGCAAUGUUCGUUAAUCGGAUGACUGUCGAAUCUCUGGUUAAUGCUACCUGUGCUGGUGAACUCAAGGUUGAUGCUGUGACCUUGAAGGCCACAAUAACUGCUAUAAACAAUAACUAUGGCUGGUAUUAUGUCUCAUGCAAGUCGUGCGUCAGGAAGGCCGUUCUAAAAGAAGGUGUUUAUGUCUGCAAUGCUUGUGACAAGACGGUGGACUACCCUUUAACAUUGUUUCGUGUUAAUGUUCAAGUGGAGGACCCUACUGGAUCUACAACUGUGGUUUUGUUCAAUGCUGCCGUCGAACGCUUGCUGGACGUCUCAGCAAGAAAAAUUGUUAACGCCAUGGCUCCAGGAGAUACUUCUGUUCCCGCUGAGCUGCAACCGCUGUUGGGCAGGGAGUUUGUCUUCAAGCUAAAGUUGAACAAGUAUAAUUUGGUCGAUGGAUUGCAAGACUAUGGGGUGUCAGCAGUUUACACCCCCUUGGCGGAGUUGGAAUCUGCUCAUGCCAAGAAAACACUGGAAGCUGCUGGCAAUGAUGUGGCGGGGUCUCCGACCGAUGAUGCCAAUGUUGCAGAAGGCGAUAAGAAGCGAAAGAGGAAGCUGACGCAUGUUGUCAAAGAUGCUGCCGAGGAUGGCAGUGGGACUUCUUAGCGAAAAUAGGCCUCUUUUAGCAGUGCUGCCAUCUUAGCUGCUACUAUAUUUCAGAUUCUCUCUUUUGGUCAAGUUGCGAAUAUUGGCCUGUAAUAGAUUGAACUACGGUCCCAGGCACUAAAUAAAUCAUGUAACUUGAACCUACUAUCUCCUGCAUGCGUGCUGUUUUAGCUUGACACUACA